UGCCGCCUCUUCAACGCUAGCUUCUCAAAUCUGCCCUACUCCAUAGAUUCGUUUCCGAGAAGACCGAUAGCCACACUUUCACCGAGCGUCUGGGGCAGAAGGAUGGAUCCACAGAGCUCCCCGCCACCGCGAUCGCCGGCGUCUCGUCGUCGAAGAAUGGAAGCGGGGACAGACGCCCAGCCUGCGUCGCCGCUGUCGGCCAAGGACUGGUCGGAGCUGCCUCUGGACGCCCUCUCGUCGGUCUUCGCCAAGCUCGGCGCCGUCGAGGUCCUCAUGGGCGCGGGCCUCGUGUGCCACUCGUGGCUCGACGCGGCCAAGGUGCCAUACCUGUGGCGAUCUGUGGACAUGUCGCGCCACAAGCUGGUGGAAGAGAUGGACGGAGAUGUCUUGUGCGCUAUGGCGAAGGUGGCCGUGGACCGCUCCGGUGGGCAACUGAAAGUGUUCGUGGGGAAGGGGUUUGUCACUGAUGAGCUCCUCAAGUACAUAGGGGACAGGUCGCCAUCUCUGAAGGGCCUUGGCCUCAUAUCCUGCAGGGGUGUCUCCAACGAAGGAUUCACCGAGUUCAUUACAAAGUGCCCUCUGCUACAUGACCUGUUGCUUGCGGUGUGUCCAAACAUCUGGGGCCGCGACGUCUAUGAGGCUACCGGCAAAGCAUGCCCGCAGCUGAAGCGUUUCGGUCUGCGCAAAGAUUUGUUUGAGUGGUUCCUCAUCAACAACACCAUGCCGAUUGGAGAAGCCCUGGGGAUCGCGGCAAUGCGCGAGCUGCGAAGCCUCAGGCUCAUCGAGACUGAAGUCACCAAUGACGAGCUGGUGGCUGUCCUCGACAGCUGCCCUCACCUGGAGCUUCUCUGCCUGCGUCGCUGCUACAGCAUCUCGGUUGACGGCACCCUGCGGGAGAAGUGCGCCGGGAUAAAGGAGCUGACGUUUGCUGAUUUAGUCUUCCAUCAAGAGUUUGACCCCACCGACUGCGAUCGUGAUUUCGAUUAUGGGUCUGACUGAAAUGUGUUGGGUCUGAGAGGAUCAUCGUAUAUGUCUGGUAUAUGCUGGUUAUUGUGAUGCUUGUGAAGACUAUAAUGCUACCUUAUGACGCACUAAAGCACUUGUUAUGCGUUCCAUCGGUCUCCUCGGCCUUUGGAUUGGCGUCCGUGUGGUGAAGUAAUUGAUUUGCUUAUAUUGAAUCUUGUCGUACGUUGAACAGUUAAACAAUGUCGCCUGGAAAA